AUGUCCGACUCGACCCUCUACCUCUACACCUCGCUCACUGCGGGGUCUUCGCACAUCAUCACCGCUACCUCCCGCAUAGAAACUAUUCUCAAGGCGAACAAGCUUCCCUUCCGUGCCAUUGACGUCGCUACAGACGAUGCCGCCCGCAAACUGUGGGGUCGCCGUUCCAAGGGCAAGAAGUUGCCAGGACUGGUAAAGUACGGCAACAUUGUCGGAGAUUUGGAAGAAGUUGAAGAAUGGAACGAGUUCGGCGAGUUGCGCAUGGUGAUCAACAGCGCCCCAGACCUAGACGGCAUGCCAGCUACCAGCUACCCGAUCGCCGCGACCGAAGCACCCUCCACGCCCAAGGAGCCCGAACCCAAGGCUCCCAAGCCGUCUACGAUCACGAUCCAGUCCCCUCCCCCCAAGACCAAGCCCGAAGAAGAGAAGAAAGACGAGACAGCCGUUCUAGCCCUGCGCCAAGCCAGCACUGAGGCUGCAUCCAAAGCGAAGAGCAAGGCGGACGACAAGAAGGACGCGACUGCAAAGCCUGAGUCUGAGGAGGCCGAGUCCACGAGCCCCACGACCAGGCAGCGCAAGAGCUCCGUCGCGCCUGAAAUGCCCGAGGCAGUGGAAGAAUCACCCACGGGACCUAAGAGACCUCCUCUCCAGGUUCCCGAACUCGCGGCUGUCUCUUCUGCCAACUUCCGUGUGGAUAACGCUGAGAUGCUCGGUCUUGUUGGGCAUCACCGCGGCUCGAUCAUUUCGGUGACGGACAAGGAGGAACAGGAUAAGGUUGUGAAGGAGAUUCGGUCGUCUAUCUCGGCGGAGGAUCCGUCGGGUUCGGUAGAGGCGUUACGAAAGGAAGCUGCGCUGAAGAAGCAACCGAAUGAGACUAUCGAGGAGAGUCCUAUUGGAGAGGAUAUUGAGGAAGGCAUUGAGACUCCCAAGGCUGAGGCCGAGGUUAAGGAGAAGGAAGAAAAGGAGCCCACCGAGGCCAAGAAGGACACUGCGACCGACACUAAGGACAAGGAUACCACUGAGACCGAGAAGGACACGGCCGAGACCAAGGAUAAGGACGCAAAGGGCGAGACCGAGGCUGCAGCUCUUGUUCCUGCGGACCCCGCGGCUGCGGAGAGCACGGAGGCUACGUCAGCGAUCGAGUGA